AUGCAGCUUACGACCUACGGUGCGAAUGCCAAGCUUCGGGGUGCCGGUAGCUGGGCGCUUGUGACGGGCGCGACGGACGGCAUUGGCCGCGAGUUUGCGAUGCAGCUCGCCGCGAAGGGCUUCAACAUCGUGUCCGUGAGUCGCACGGCCGAGAAGCUCGCGGUGCUGGGCCGCGAGAUCGAGCAAAAGUACCCCGGCACGAAGACAUGCUACUAUGCGAUGGACUUUACGCGCGCGGGCGAGGCUGAGUACGAGGGACUCGCGCAGCUGAUCAGCCACCUGGACGUGGCGGUGCUUGUGAACAACGUGGGUGUGUCGCACACGAUGCCUGUGCCGUUCCUCGAGAUGGACGAGGCGGAGAUGAACGCGAUCUGCGAGGUGAACAUCAUGGGCACACAGCGCAUGACGCGCCUGGUGGCGCCGCGGCUCGUGCGCCGCGGCCGCGGCCUGAUCCUCAACCUUGGCUCCUUCAGUGGGCAGUGGGCGACGCCGCUCUUGGCGACGUAUGCGGGCUCGAAAGGCUUCCUCAUUGCCUUCACCCAGGCGCUCGGCGAAGAGCUGCGCCGCGCCAACGUGGACGUGCAGCUGCUCAACACGUUCUUUGUGGUGAGCAACAUGUCCAAGGUGCGCCGCCCGUCGUUGCUUGUGCCGUCGCCGUCGACGUACGUGUCCGCGGUGCUCUCGCGCCUGGGCCGUGCGUCCGGCGCGCUGGGCCGCGCGUUUACGCUGACGCCGGUGCCCGCGCACGCGUGGGUCGACUGGGCGACGGCACAUUUGGUGCCGGCGUGGCUCCUGCUGAGCAAGGCGUACGACACCAAUCUAUCGUUGCGCCGCCGCGCGCUGCGCAAGGCGGAGCGCGCGGCCAAGGCGCAGUAG